GUCAGUCGCUCAUCUUCUUCAAUGGCACAAAGCUACAACCCCAGAAAAGUGGCUGUGGCCAUUGUGGUGCUCGUGCUUCUUGUCUACGGUGCCAAAUGGUUGUUCGGCUCUAGUGACGGGUUCUCCCCCGAGGAAAUCAACUCCAUGCUCCAGAACAAAGAAGGAGGUAUCGUCAAGAUCAAGAAAAUCGAACUCACUGCUCAAGGUCUUUACACGCCGUACUUGGAGCCUAGCACGUACCGCAUCAACAACUGGGACGUUGCCGGCAACACCUUGGUGAAAAAUACCGAGUAUAUUCGGUUGACGUCGGAUAAUAAGCAUCAGGUAGGUAAUAUGUUUGGCAAAGAGCCCAUUCAGGCCCAGUCAUUUGAAAUGGAAUUGACAUUUCAUAUCCACAGCAAGAGCUCUAGUCUCUUGGCCGACGGGUUUGCCAUCUGGUUUUUGGACUCCAAGAGUGACAUUGGUGAUGUGUUUGGUUCCAAAAACUACUUCACCGGUCUUGGAAUCAUGGUUGAUACCUACAAAAACGGUAAAAGAGGCCAAUUUCCCUACGUGAACUUGAUGCUUGGAGACGGUAAGACCCAUUAUCUGAAGUACAACGACGGAUACGAUACUCGGUUGGCAGGGUGUAGUGCACUGCUGAUCACCAACCCUACGAGCGGGUUUACCAAGGCCAGAAUCGUCUACCUCCAAGACGGAUAUUUCUCGUUGGACUUCAACUACGACGGGAAGCAGGACCACUGGGUCAACUGUGUGACGUUGACAGAUGUCCAUUUGCCCAUCAUCAAGUACUUGGGGCUCAGUGCCGAAACCGGGGAGUUAUCCCAGAGUGUCGACAUCAUUGAAAACAAAAUUUACGCCUUAUACAAACCUGAUGGCUCGUUCAUCAGCAACUUUGACGAGCUACACUCAUUGAUUGCGCAGCAGGAUAAAGACCAGAGAGACCAGGUGUCGAAAGACGGAGUAUCACACCCGCAGUCUCCCAGAUCAAAGCCCAAGAGACAGACCAGAAAGUCGUUACAGAGAUUGUACAAGGCAGAACAGCGGAUCAAAGAACGGGAAAGACAGAGAAAGCUUGAAACAUAUGGCGACCCGGAAAUGUAUUGGUUCAAGUACAUGUUCUUUAAGCUUCUCAACGCAAUGAAGUACCUUAUCUACGCGGUGCUUGGGGUUAUUGUCAUCUGGUUCUUAUUUAUUGCCGUGAGAGUGUCCAGGCAGAACAAGAAGUCCAAGACCACCGGCUUAUUGGACUAGAAGAAGUAUUACAAGUGCUCCAUGGCUGAUAUAAGUUAUUUUGUGGCUAUCGUAACUGGUUUUGUACACUCAAAAGUUGCAACAAACCUGAAAAAGUAUAUACAAUUCUUUUUUAAUAGAUUAAUCCUUGAUGAUGUGAACACCGUAGGUGUCUCUUCCGGAACGGAACGUCUUGUUCAACAACCCCUUUAAUGGAGCAGUGAUCUCACCAAUGGGAUUAUAGUUGUAAGUAGAAUCGAUCUUGUUAAAGCGAUUGGACUCCAAGAACUUGGCAAACUCCGUGUCAAAAGUGUAGCAAUCCACCAACAACGAGACCUUACACCCUGAAGUCUUCUUGACCUUCUUCGCCUUUAAAUACUCGGUCAAAAGAUCAUUAGACCUGGAAAGUGCCCACUCAAUGAGAAUCUGCUCGAAGUUCAAUGGCUUAAACACUCUUCUGACACUCAAACCAGACACCUUUAUCACCAAGUGUGAGUCGUUGGACUUGUCAUAAAUCGGCUUCAACGUGAUGAUGGCAAUGGGCUGUUCCUGGAACAAUACCACCUGGGAAUUGCUCCCGUUGGCCAAAAUCUUCUUUUCCUUCAACACUUUAGAGUCUCCCUCCAACUUUGAAUACUUGACCAAAUCAAACCCAAACACGUCCUCCACAUAGCUCUUUUUGACGAGAUUUUCAGAAAUUAUUCUGAACUCAUCGGAGAUCAUCACGGAAAUGAGCCCCACAAAAGCAAUGAACCCAAGUAUUACAGCGGACGUGAAAAGUAUGUUGACCUUCAAAUCUGCCGAAUGGAUAGCGAUACUGAAAAACUCGCCCACCAGCUCUGAAACCUCAAUGUAGUCUGCUAAAAUAUAGUACAAGUACGCAGAUACCACCCCCAAUCCGAUACUAACAACCUGCUUGUGCCACAAGAUGGAUUUGGUGAGGGUCGUCUGACACUGUCUGAAAUAGUCACCGUACAAGAGUAAAGCGGCCUCACUGAACUCAGGCCUCAAGGCAACCACCUCCAACUUGGGGUCUGGAGCCGACUUCACGGGUUUGUUCAAAUCAAUUUUUGUUUGAAUCGCCAUGGUGUAUAUUGUGACGUUCAA